AUGUCCAGUUACAAUUCAAACAAUAAAAGGUCCAUAGAUCAAGUAGAUAAUGAGUUACUCACCUUGGCUGCCCAACAGACUGAUCAAAAUGAACAAAAUGACUUAAACCAAAGGAAAAAAAGAAGACGUCAGUAUGCUCCAAUGACACAGUACUCUAAUAGUGCAAACAUACAAUCAGAAUCACCACUACAGACAAAGAAAUCAAAAACAGUCUCUGAUUCUUCUAACACAAACUCAAAUUCUGAUUUAGACUUCCAGUGUCCUUCUGGCUACAUCAAAAAAAUCAUUUUGAAAAAUUUCAUGUGUCAUGAAAAUUUUGAGAUGGAUUUCGGUCCAAGAUUAAAUUUUAUAGUAGGUAACAACGGUAGUGGUAAAAGUGCCAUACUGACAGCUAUCACUGUUGGGUUAGGUGCUAAGGCUAGUGAAACUAAUAGAGGUAAUUCUUUGAAAGAUUUGAUUAGAAAUGGUUGUUAUUCAACUAAAAUAACAAUCAUCCUAGAUAACUCUUCCUAUGGUUCUUAUCAAAUGGGUACUUUUGGCAAAAAAAUCAUUAUUGAAAGAGUCAUAAAAAGAGAUGGACCAGCUUCCUUCAGUUUGAAGACAGAGAAUGGGAAGGAAAUCAGUCAUAAGAAAAAAGAUAUUCAAGCCGUUAUCGAUUAUUUUUCUAUUCCUAUUAGUAACCCCAUGUGUUUCUUAUCACAAGAUAAUGCAAGAUCCUUCUUAACUGCAAGUACUCCACAAGACAAAUACAUGCAUUUUAUGAAGGGCACUCUUCUACACGAUCUCAAUGUAAAUUUAGAACAUGCUAAGAAGAUUUGCAUUAAUGCAAAUGAAAAUAUGUCGUUGCAUCUAGAAAACUUGAAGUUUUUGAAGAAGGAUUAUGAGGAUGCAAAAACUUUGGUCAAGGAAUUACACCAGACCAGUAACCUCAAUGAAAUGAAAAGAUUGUUACAGGCGAAAUCUUGUUGGAUAGAUAUCAAAUAUAACGAAAAAUCGGUAUUGAAAAGAAAAAAUGAUAUCCAACUGUAUAAGGAGAAAUUGGAUGAUAUUGAAUCUUCCAUGAACAAGAAACGAGAGAAGAUUGAAAGAUAUGAAUCGGACAAUAAAUUGGAUUCUAAGGACAUUGAAGCCAAAAAUAAUGAAUGGGAGGUUAAAGACCAAAAACAUCAACAAGUUAAAGAUCAAUUGAGAGCAGUGAGACGGUCCUAUGAUAUAACAAAGGAGAAUAUUAAUGAAGCUGAGAUGAAAAUCAAAGAAUGUAAUGAUAGGAUUAAUGGAUUGGAUAAAAGUAUUCAACAUCUGAAAGACGAAUUAAAAAAAAGAAUGAAUGAUAAUAAAGAACAGAUGAGACUAGAACAUACCCGUUUAACUGAUGAAAAUAAGGAACUAGCCGAGUUGCUAGGCAACCUUUCAUCUCAGAUUCAAGAGCUAGAAAAUGAAGAAAGAAAUCUUUUAGGUAGGCGUAAUGAAGAGAUUAAACAGUUAGAGACCACGAUAAAAAGGAAUCAACAUGAACUGAGAAGGAUUAAAGAUGGGAAUAUCUCCUUUUUGAGUAAUUUUGAUCCAAGGAUGGAAGUGUUAUUAAAACAGAUUCAAGCUAAUAAGACACGUUUUAGAAAAGUUCCUAUGGGUCCGUUAGGUAAUUAUGUUACUGUUAAGGAUUAUUACAGAGAAUGGACUCCGUCUAUUCAAAGGUAUUUAUCAUCAACUCUAAGCUCCUUUGUUGUAUGUUGUCCUGAAGAUAAUAGAAUUUUAAGAACUCUUAUUAGAAAUUGUGGUAUAAAAGCAAAUAUUUCAAUUAUCACUUAUAGAUUUGAACAUUUUAACAUUGAGGCAACAAAACCACAGGUCGAAUUCCUAACCAUUAUUGAUAGUCUAGAAUUUUCAAAACCUGAAUUAAAAUUCCUUUUUGUUGAUAUAAAUAGAAUCGAACAAGUUUUAUUAAUCAAGGACCAUAAUAAAGCACGUAAUUUUUUAAGAACAAAACCUAAAAACGUUGUUAUGAUUUUAUCUCAAAAUUUAAGUAAUUCUAAUUUUGGGUUUCAAUUAGUAGGUGGUUAUAGAUUAGAUUCGGUGUCUUAUGAACAACGUCCCAAAUUAAAAAUGGGGUCCUUAUCAGAUAACGGUAUUUCUUAUAUUCAAGAUCAAAUUACUGAUGCCACUAAUCAAAUUAAAAGGAUUAGGAUUGAAUAUGAUGAUAAGAUUAAACAUUACCAAGAGGAGAUCAAUGAAUUAAAAAGACAAAGUAAGAAAAAUAAUUAUAAAAUCCAAGAAAACAGUAAACAGAUUACAAAAUUAAGAAUUAAUUUAGAGAAAACUGAGGAUACUGGUGUUUUAACUUCAAAGGAGAAUGAAAAGGAGAAACAAAAAGAAGCUAUUUCAGGCUAUCAAACUGCUAUAGAAAGUUUGAAAGUAGAAUUAAAUAACUUGAAGGAACAAGCUAUCCUGAUUAAAAUUAGUUACGAUGAAACAAAAAAUGAACUCGAUCAGACAAAUGCUAUAAUCCAACAACUAAAUGAAAAGAUUGAGAUAAGACAUCGAAAGAUUCGAAAGCAUAAAGAUGAUAUAGCAUUGUUUACUGAUAAAAAAUUGCAAUAUAGUGAUGCAAUUGAAAAGAUUAAUGAUAACAUUAAAACUUUACAAGAUGGGAUUGAAGUACAAAAAGAGAAUGCUCUUAAAUUUGCUAGCGAAGAGGAGCUAAUAGGACAUGAUUUACCAAAUGAUCAAGAACAGAUUAAAGAAGAAUUAAAUAAAAUUGCUCGUAAGAUAAGAAAUGCGGAAAAACAAAUUGGUAUGACACAAGUAGAGGUACUAAACCAUUUUGAAUCCGUUAGAAAUCAAUAUAAAGAAAGUUAUGCCAAGUAUAAGUCAAUAGACGAAGCUCUUGUACUUUUACAACAAUCAAUAGAAAAUCGUUGGCAAAAUUAUCACCAAUUGAAAAAUCAUACCUGCUUAGAGGCAGACAUGGAUUUCAGAAAGUCCAUUAGAAUCAGAAAUUUUUCUGGUAAUUUGCUUUUCAUAGAAGAUUCAAAAAGUCUGGAAAUUUACAUAUUAACACCCAAUGAUGAGAAAGUGAGAAAUGUUGAUACACUUUCUGGUGGAGAAAAAUCUUUUUCACAAAUGGCUUUGCUUUUAGCUACUUGGAAACCAAUGCGUUCUAGAAUUAUUGCAUUAGAUGAAUUUGAUGUAUUUAUGGAUCAAGUUAAUAGAAAGACUGGUACUGCUUUAAUAGUGAAAAAAUUGAAGGACUCUACAAGAACCCAAACAAUUAUUAUUACGCCUCAAGAUAUCGGGAAGAUUGCAGAUAUUGACAAGGCAGGAGUUAAGAUACACAAAAUGAGAGAUCCUCAAAGACAUAAUAAUUCGAAUUUUUACAGCAAAUAG